AUGUGUGACACAUCUUUCUGCAAGGAGCUGUUGCUCUACCACAAUGCUUUGAUAGGAGAUGUGGGCGCACAGGCGCUUGCCGAAGUGCUACAUCCUGACCGUUGGCCGUCCGGGAGAGGCCUGAAGACCCUGAGCUUGGCCGCGUGCAGCAUUGGCGACGCCGGAUGUCAAGCCCUGAUGGCUGCCGUCCGUGAGUACCAGGCGUUGACGUCAUUGGAUCUGUCUUGCAACGCCAUUACCGACGACUCCACCCCGGCAGUCGCGCUGGUGCUGGCUCAGUCAAAUUCCUCACUGGAAGCAUUGUCGCUCUCGAUGAACUUGAUCAGCUCAUAUGGCAUCUCCCAGCUCAUGGAUGGUGUCGCUAGCAACCCAGAAGGAGCUCUAUGCCAGAUCGACGUGUCGACGCAGGACGGCGGUCAAAGCAAGACCAGCUUCGUAGCAAAUGACGCGUUGAGUCCCCGAAGCAGCAGCAAGGUAAAAUCCAAAUUUGCGGGCCUGCGCUGA